GCAAACAACAGAUGCCCCCACCACACAUUGCUCACUUAGACUCAACCCCUUCAGUACCAUGAUGUGUUUUAAUAUUCAUUCUGUUUACUAUCUGGUGAUUUUAUACAGCUUCAGAAAUUUGGGUAAGAAUUAAAGUAGUGAAAACUGGCCAUUAAUCUCCUGACCUCCAUAGACAGUUCCUUAUGUAAGUAAAAUUAUCUAAUCACACCAGAAAACUCAUAAUAAAAAUGUGUUCCAGUACUGAAGGGGUUAGUGAUUUUAACCAGCUAUAUACAACAUUGUAAAUAGUCAGCUUACAUAAUGAUAAAGCACUAAUUGCGCUGUAAAGUUGCCAUAUACUGUAACUAACCACUUAGCACACUCAAAGCUCCAUUACUAUUCCUCCCACUAAAACACCCUUCUUCACCCAUCUAUUUUCCCUCCUAUCCCCCACUUCCCUGUUCUUCCUCUUUUCUGCAUUGUAUUUCUUUUACUCAAAGACAAGGCCCUAUGUUCUUAAAUCCUCUGCUCCAUCACCAUGACUAUUUUUUAAGGGCCACAUAGAUGAGUAGCCAGGUUCUCAAGACUGUUUCUUUUGUUAACAAUGAGGAAAUCUUGUUAAUUUAUCACUAGAAUUGUAAAAACAUCCCUAAAAACACAUGUAGCUUUAACAAGAGCAUUUGGAAAGUAGUGGAGAAGCAGCACAGGUGUUUCAGAAUACCUGCCUUAUUUACACAGUGCUAUACUUCAUGUACUGCAAGCUUACUCAGUUACACAUUCAUUCCUGUGGUGAAGAUGAGCGAUGGGGAGGAGCAGACAAGGAGGGAGGACGAGGAGAGCACCAGAAGGCACAAUGUUAAACUAACCAGAGAUCCUAAAUUCCUAUCCCGUCCACUGCGGCCCCUCAGGGAGGUGUUUGGCCUGUGUCCUGCCACCACCGAGCCGCUGAUAUACAAUGUGGUGAAGAACCAUUCCAGACCCAGACCAGCCAUGAAGAGGAAGAAGAAGAAAAAGGCCUCAAGUGUUGUAUUACCAGAACCUUCUCAGGAUAUGAGGGCUGCUGUUGCUGAGUGCAAAGUGGCAGACAAUUUGGGGAGAGAAGCAACAAGCUCCUCAAUUUUCACUUCCUCCUUUGAAGGUGACCUUCCUCCCAAAGCCCCAGUAGCUGCCGUUCCCACCAUCCCCUCCUCUGGCAGUGUCUGCUCCCUCUCCCAAGGUGUUGCCUCUGCAGCCUCACCACAACACAUUGCCUCUCCAGUCCAGUCCAAUGAUAUCUCGUCAUGUUCUGAUAUGGAGUCUGUGGUGAGCACAAGUCAGCCAAGGAGGAAGACAAGAAAGAGAAGACGCAUCACAUCCAAGCUGAGCUUGUCUCAGAAUACCAGACACCACCACCACCACCACCAGCAGUCCUCGCAGCUGUCACAGUCAUCACAGCUGUCACAGUCAUCACAGUCAUCAUACACUGAUGACAAUGUGCAGUUUGUGAAGCAGGUGGUGCACUGUCAAGCCUACACCAGCAGCAGCUCCAGCAGUGACAGUAGACAAACUACUCAUUGCAGCACUGAUGGCUUGGAUCCAAGUCGAUGCUUUUGCCUCCCUCCCGCGGCGCCAACCAUUAGCCCAGCACCGCAUUAUCACCUUGUCUGGAACCCCGGCACGGUCUGUCCAUCUCGGGGCAGUCUUAGUGGUAGUGGUAAUAUUAGCUUGAGGACGCAGGAAGUGACGUGA